ACUAAGGGACAACAAAAAAGACAAAUAUGUAGAUUUCGUUUGCAGCGUGUCAUCGAUAAGUCAGCCUCUUCCUACACAUUCACUGAUGCACAGUUGCAUUCCAGCGCACCAGCUCUCUAUGAUAAAACGCGCUGUCAGGCUUUUUCAAUGACAUCACAUCCAACUGCAAGUUUCCAACAUGGCGUCCAGCCGGGUGCUGGAGAGGGAGGUCCAGGAGGAGCCGAGGCGCGUUGCGACUGCAAACCCCGACUUCUGCCUCCACAAAUACUCCCUGCUCAUCAUUAUCGGACGGACCGCUCACCUCAGACAGACUGGGCACAUCAGCGGGGAGAUUGAACGAGGUAUUCGGUCAUGGGACGUCGACUUAAAAUCCUGUAACCUGAACCUCUAUCUCCAAGAAUUUCUCUCCCAUCACACAGCGUCUUUCAAAGGUUCAGGGCACAAGUGUCUGCGCCACAGUACCAGAGUGUUGGACACUCAGGUGCUGAUCAGUCCACCUCAGGAACAGGUUUGUUCAGAGGUGUUGGCUCUGCUGUCCAGGGAAUCAGCCCAUAAGCUGUUGAUCUUGGCUGGCCAGAGUGUGGAGGAAAGCGGAGACCUCCUGUUUCACAGAGGACUGUUCUCACCGCACCAACUGAAACAAAUACUAACAGAGCAGUUCAUAGAUCAAGAAAGCUCUGCCUCCUCCUCCAAACUCAGUCUGACCCUCAGCUGUCCCAACAUUGGCCAGUGGAGGAAGACUCUCUUGGGAAACCAGCCUCUGCAGGGUCCUUUUACGCUGCACAUUAAUCCCCCAGAGGUGCUGCCUGCCAUGGAGGCCCUGGGGGAAUUCACCUCCCUCAUCUCUGGUACCCUUUCCCCUCCAUCACCCUUUGAGCUCCUGCCUCCUCCCACCACUGUGGGUUUUCUCAAGCUGUCCCGCCCCUGCUGCUACGUGUUCCCUGCUGGCCGCGGUGACUGUGCCUUUUUUGCCGUUAACGGGUUCACAGUGCUGGUGGACGGCGGCUCGGACUCUCAGGCCUGUUUCUGGAAGCUGGUCCGCCACCUUGACCGAGUUGAUGCAGUUUUGUUGACGCACAUUGGGACAGAGAACCUCCAUGGGGUCAACACCUUCCUGGAGAGGAAGGUGGCUGAGUUGGAGCUGAGCUCUGAUAUCAAAGAUGACUCGUCUAAGAGGCUCAUCUCCCCAGAGCUUGGAGUUGUGUUCUUUAACGCCCCCAGCAGGUUGCAGGUGGAAGAACAGCCUUGUGUGGACAAUGUACUGAAGAGCACACACCAGGCGGCCCUGACCCUACAGUUGUUAAAGAAGUUAGACAUCAGACCACAGCCUUUGUUUCGACCGGAAGGGGUCCCCAUUGAGCCCCUAACCCUUUUCCAGAAGAUGGGAGUGGGACAGUUGGAUUUAUACAUCCUCAACCCUGGCAAAAACAGUCAGGAGUACCAGACAUUCAUGCAAAACUGGCCUGAUGCAGUGUCAUCAGCAUCCAAUUCCCAAACUCUCCCUCUCACCGCCCUUGCCUCAGUGUCUGCCCUGCUUGUGUGGCACCCAGCGUGUCCCCAGGAGAAGGUGGUCAGGGUGCUGUUCCCUGGUCUCACCCCACAGGCAAAGCUGCUGCAGGGGCUAGAGAAGCUGAAGGGACUGGCCUUCCUCCAGAAACCCACUGUGACCACCGGGGACCUGGAGAGGCUAGGGGAGGACAGAAAGACCAAGAGGACAGAGAGCCAGGACAGUGGCAGGUCACAAGGGAAGGAGUCAACAGCCAAACAUGGAAAAGAGCGGGGAGUUAAAGAAGGGGGAAAGGAGGUACUGGUAAGGGAAAAGGGAAAAGUAUUAAAUGGAGUCACUACAAGAGAUGCUGAUAAAACCAGAAUCAAAGAGACAGGUGUAAAGCAAAAAGCAGCAUCUUCAGAGAAGAAUGCUUCAAAGAAAGGAGGAGGGAAGGAUGGGAAAAAGGAGGAGAAGACUGGAAAUAAAGAGGAGAACGCUGUUAUAAAGAAUGAUCAGGGCAAAAAGGAUGUUCUCCCUUACAAACCAAAGAAUGAAAAUAAAACUAAGCUCAAAAAGGAAGCAAAAAAUGACUCUAAAACAGGGAUGAAGAAAACAAGAAAACCAUCAGGAAAGGAGGCAAAUAAUGGCAAGAAGGUACAUAUAAACACUGAAUUGCCAAAUAACUCAACAAAACCCGACGCUGGGACUGUGUUAGAAAUCAAAGAGCCAGAGGGUCUUGAUACACAGCAGCAGAAUCAAAAACCAGAGUCUGAAGAGAACCCCUGUGGCUCCAAAAUGUCUACCCCUGAGGAUAUGACGGCUGAUUUUCUCAGGCUCCGGGAGGAAACCGAAAGAGAAGAGGCGCAGGUGGAAACAGCAGAUAAAGGAAAGCAGAAAAGCAGUGAGUCGGGAUAUGAAAAGAGCCUUGGAGGUCUGAGCAAAGAGACAAGUAAUGAAGCUGUUGAUACAGCUUCAGUGGAAGAAGCAGCAGGUAGCGCAGGGAUAAUGGGAGGAGAAAGUGGUGAUAAUGGAGCGCAAGAUAAGGCUUGGACUAGAGAGAAAGCUGAUGUAGACCUACAGAAAGUGCCUGUAGACCAGCCUGGAAAUGCUGCCAAACCAGCAAAGGUUGUAGGAUUUCCAACUCCCUUGAACAAGGCACCAAAGAACGAGUGCACAGUCCAGCUAGACAUAACCCCAACUGAAUACACUCUCCUGGAUGGGGCUUUGAGAAACAGCCCUCCUUCGCGAUCUUCUCCAGAGAACCAGGCCCCUAUUAGCCUUGACGAGGAGACCAUAGAGUCUGCCUCUCCUGAUUCACGGCCCAACAGUGCAGGCCACACUCCUUACUGUCUGUCCCCAGAUGAUGUGUGGUGCAACAGGGCCACUCUCAGCAGAUUACAGGCCCAGAUGGGUAACUUAGAGUCAGCUGAUGUCAACCAGCCAAAUGGAUCAUCCAAGCAAAGUGAGGGGCAGCUAUGCCAGCCCAAAAGCACUCCAGAGAGCCACACAAGAGAGAAGCAACUAAGUUUCCUUUCUUUGGGUACAUUUAAAGAUGGAUCUUCAGACCCCUCUCCCUCUGUCGCUACCACCACCACUACACACUCCAUGCCAGCAGAGGUGAGCUCACCUCAGUCCACAGAAGUAGAUGAAUCACUAUCCAUGUCAUUAGAACAGGGACCAACCCCUGUGAGCCAGAGAGAGGGGGAUGACAGUGUUCAUAACUCCCACUCCAAUGAAGGCCAUUUUGUGGGGAUGUCUUUACCAAUGAAGAAGCCCCUAAGAUCUUUAGGGCAGGCUUCAGAGAUGGGGUGGCCUCCAACUCCUAACACACUUCAUUUUGAGGUGUCGGCUCACGAUGUGGAUUUAUGUCUGGUUUCCCCCUGUGAGUUCAAGCAUUUCAAACCGCCUGACUCCAGCUCAGGUGCGAGUGAGCCCUGCAGAGGAGCCUUUGCUUCACAUCAUCACGGCAACAACAACAACAACCCCAAGGACACGUCACCCAGUGAGUCAAAUGCACCCGUCUGCAUGGAGGACUGCCUGUCCACCACAGCAGAUGGUGCACUGGACUCAGAUGAGGAUGAGUCGUGCAGUGAGCCGUCUAACUCCCCCCACGAACUCCGCAUCAGUCAGGCUCUGCCCCAGGACCCUCUUCCAGCCCCUCCAAGGGACAGUCCGCCCCUGCCUCCACAUCCUGACACCUCCAUGCCCAUUCCUCAGUCUGACUCUGAUGCUCACGGGAAGAGGGCAAAAGCCACUGGCAUGCGAGGGAAAAAAACGCCAGCGCAGGUUAUUGAAGCCUCCCCAAGAUCAGGUUCAGGGAAAAGCAGGACAGGGAGCCAAAGUGGAGUCACAAAGGGGAAUGUCUCUUCUACUCGUACGCCUUCCUCCAGCACCCGCUCAGCACCAGCAAAAUCCUCACCCAAUCCAGGCUUUAAGUCUCCCUCUGUUGGUGAAGUCAGUGUGUACGUGGACCUGGCCUAUAUUCCCACUGGAGCUUCCUCUGCAACAGUCAAUGUGGACUUCUUCAGAUGCGUUCGCUCCUCAUGUUACAUCAUCAGCGGCGACAGUCCAGAGAGAGAAGAGCUACUGAGGCAUACUCUGGACGCACUACUGGAUGGCAAGAUAUCCUGGCCUGACACUAUGCAGGUGACAGUGAUCCCUACCUUUGAGUCUGCGCCAAUGCAGGAGUGGUACCAGCAGACCCUGGACCGACAGAGGGAGAUGGGCAUCACCGUGCUGGGAUCCAACAGCACUGUCGCCAUGCAGGAUGAGACCUUUCCUGCCUGCAAGAUAGAGUUUUGAGGCAGACUUGGGGAUGCAGUGAUCGAGGAUGGAGGGUGAAUAUGAGCUGAAGGAUGGAAAUGUGUGUGUGAGAAAAAAAGAGACAGUGCUAAAGGAGUGACAGAAAUAGAAAGUUAGAAACAGAGAUUAUGGGGAAAUAAAGGGAAUAUAUGGCCCCUUUCUGCACGAACACAAUUGAGUGGGUAAUGACACGGGAUGUUCACCCCGUCCCCUCCUGGUUAAUCACUUCUUUGUGGGCUACUUUUGCACCAAAAGCCCGUAUUUCUCUUUAUCCAAGGAGAACACACAUUCCUGUGGGGAGUAAUGCAUGAUUUUCUUUUACCCAUGACCCUGUGCAAAACAGGAGAGGAGAUCACACUGGCUGCAAGAGAAGCAUGUCGGGCUGCAAACGUGUGGAUCCACAUGAAAGCUGAUGUAGAUUAGUCAGGAUAGUUAGCAUACAUGGGGUUAAAGGCACUAUGUGUAGGCUUGUUUUCGUAAUACAGUCAGCACUUAGGCAUGAUAGUAGUAUGUGCUAUGUUUAAAGGCCCAUUUUUCUGCUUCUAAUGCAAAGGAAUUCAAAUAUUAUUCUCCAAAUCUACUCCAGAUACUCCCAAAUGGCAAGAGUGUGGAAACUUUUGUUUAUGAAAGCAUUGGUCACAUUGUAUUUCUCUUAUUUACUAAAAUUAUAUUUCUGAUUAGCACAGAAGAUGUCUAUAUCGUAAAAGGAGAGUCCAUUAAUAAAAUUACAUUCACAGUGUGUGGUCAGGUGUUUGUUGUGAGCAGUGUAAGCAAACAUGAGGUGAGCUGUGUGUGUGUGUGUGUUGUACCUGCUUUAAAAAGUAUUGUGCCACUGUGGCUUCACUGAGCUCAAGAUCCCUGCAGAGCAAACAGACCAGAUGUGACAAAUCUGAUGUUAGUGAGUGAUAAUCGCCCGCUGAAUCUGAGAUUACUGAAUCUGAGUGUGUAAACACAAAUCUGUCAGCAGGGAUUAGAGUACCAGAUUAAAUUUAAUAGCAUUAUAGCAAUCAUCUUGAUAAUGAAUUGUAAUCCAUUACAAGUGCUUAAAACCAUACUAAUCAGGAAUCAGAUAGCAAAUGCUUUUGUAGAAAUAGAUGUGUUGUUAUCUUACUCAAAAAGAUUUUAAAAGUGAUGACAUGUAAUUUGAUUGUGGAUAUGAUAGAUAUGAUCAUACAGUUAAUUGAAGAAAAAUAAAAUCAUGGUUUAGUCACAGUGGAUGGUAACGACAGCUUUCUAAGUUGUGCUUUGUAAAUAUGAAUAAAUAAAAAAUCAGAUUCUAUUUAUAUUUGGAAGAAAGUAAUCCUGAAACUAAAAGUCAUCAAAGAUCACACUACUGAAUUGCUGUAAUUAAAUCGUACACAGUAAGGUUUUAUUUUAUUGGGCCAUAAUUUCAUCAUGAUUUAAUUUGGUACUAGUUAUAGGGAAAACAAAUACAGUGUGCAACUUAUUAUUCCUAUUAAUUUCUAGCAUAACAGUAUACAAUUUGACAGAGUAUAUUUUCCAAUAAUAAAUUACUAAUGAAUGAACUUUUACUUUGGUUUAAAUGGAGCAGUUCCUUCUGGAAGUAUACAACUGUUUACACUCUCAACGCAAGUAACUAAACUAACUCCACCCUAUCUUCCCUGUAAUUAGUACCAAAUUACAUAGAUUUUUCCAAGACUUCCCAGGAAAUUAUGAGGAAAUUACAGAUCUGUAAAUUAAAACACUUGUAACAUAGCAAAGGAAUUGGUAAUAUGUAAUGUAAUGUAUUACAUUACAUGUUUUCCUUUUUAUUUCCUUUUGUCCCAGUCUGGAUGUCCAAGAAUGGAUGUCAUAUUCUGGUGAGAUGUAAAUAAAUCACGACUGAUUAUUUCUGUUGCUGUUUUGCCUUUAAAAGGAUUAGUUCACACAAAUGUGAAUGUGGCAUACAGAGUUUCCUUAAUACCAAAGCAUAAGAUCACCACUGACCACCACUGACAGAAAAAAAAUGUCAUUUUGAUUCAGUAUCUCUAAAUUAUCUGAAAGAUAUUUUAUAAUUAUAUCAAUGCACUGUUAAACUGUUGUCAUGGACUUGUACUAUCCUUGAGAUUUGUUUUAUUUUGUGCAAUAAUCUUUCUUUUUUUAUCACUUUCUCAAACUGUGUUGUCCAACCAAAUUUCUCACAAUCCUAAAGACCCCCCAACAUAUUUUACACAGGCUGCCAGAUUAAAUGAUUUAUUUGGAUUGGAUGGUUAAACCAGAUCUGUAAUCAUGGGUAACAACUACUAGAACCCCACAGUAACAAAGUGAAUUGUAACUAUGUGUAUGUGUCCUGCAUGUAUAAAAUACUGUAUGUACUGUAUGUUGUUUCAUUCAUGAUAUUCAUGAAGACAGAGAGCAAAGCACUGCGGGAGAGUGGCAGCAGAGUGGGAUGAACAUUGAGAACCUUUCACUUUGUAAUUGUCUGUAAGUACAUACAGUAACAAAAAGUGUGGGUUCUGGGGCCGUGAGCAAUGUACGAAUAAAGAAUGAGCAUCACCAUU